GAUCGCGCGGGAUGGUGAUAUCACUACUUUACACGCUUUUCAGGCCAUGGUUGUUUUAAUAAGUGAACCAAUCGUAUUCUAGAAAGUACACCGUGUGACCUAAACUAAAAGCGAUUUCUGUGAAUCAAUCAAUGUAACAUUUUUAUAGCACCGCUACUAGUAGAUAAUUUAUCCAAAUCGUGAUUUUUAAAAGUUUAACUUUUUAUAUUCUAUCCUGUGUGUGAUUGUGAUUGAAAAUGGUUUCUCACGGUAUGAGGACUGGAAAUAAUGGCCUAAUGUGUAAAAUUGGACCAUCGAUAUUGAAUGCUGAUUUAUCAGAUCUGUUUUCGGAAUCUCAAAGAUUGUUAGACAAUGGAGCAGACUACCUUCAUCUAGAUGUUAUGGAUGGGCAUUUUGUUCCAAAUUUAACAUUUGGUCAUCCUGUUGUGAAGUGCUUGCGACGAAAAAUACCUGAAGCAUUUUUUGAUAUGCAUAUGAUGGUUGCUGAACCUGAUAAGUGGGUCAAUCCCAUAGCAGAAGCAGGGGCUAAUCAGUAUACUUUCCAUCUAGAGGCAGCAGAAGACACUCUUGAGCUCAUUCGUCGAGUACGAGAGACUGGAAUGAGAGUUGGCAUUGCAAUAAAACCAGGAACUUGUGUGGAGUCUGUUCUCCCAUUUGUUGACAAAGUUGACAUGGUGUUAAUAAUGACAGUAGAACCAGGAUUUGGAGGACAGAGCUUUAUGAAGGAUAUGAUGCCCAAGAUCCAGUUGUUGAGAUCCAAGUUUCCUGAUUUAGACAUUGAAGUUGAUGGAGGAGUUGGACCAAACACAAUUGAUCUGUGUGCUGAGGCUGGUGCAAAUAUGAUUGUAUCUGGAACAGCAGUUACUACUAGUGACAAUCCUAGACAUGUUAUGUCUUCUCUUCGUCACUCGGUGGAAGAAGCUAUACAAAAAUCACAGCUAGAACGAUGAACUUCUUACUUGAAUAUCAAACCAAAAUUCCUUGAAUUUUUUAGUUAAUUUUUUUAUUUUUAAAUUUACUGAGAUGUAACUACUCAUAAAAGUAAAAAAAUAUUAGAAGUAGAUAUUUGUGGAACUGGUAAGAUUGUUUUAUUCAUGUUGUAGUGUGCAAGCUUUCUGGAUAUAUGUAUAGUUGGUUUAUGUUCACUCUCUCUCAGAAAUAAUAUAUUCUUUGUGUUUUUUGUAUUGAGUAUAAUAAUUUAUUUUCUGUAUUAAUGUUCAUAGAACAUACUGUGAGACAGACUAACUUAUGGUUAGAAGACAAACAUAUAUUGUACACAGCUUAUGUGUGAUCUACAGAUUAGUAAAGUGUGUGUGAACUCUACUCAACAAAAUGAUUGAUACAGUGAAUAUUUUCAAAUCUCUUAUUUUAAUUUAUUUGAUUCUAGCAUCACUUACAAUUUUGGACAUAGUUAUAAGCACAAAAUAUAGAAAUAAUGCUGUGUUGUGGGUUUAGAAAUGUGAUCAUUGAUACUUGUAUAGUAUUACUCAUUGUUGUAAAGCCAUGUUUGAUACAAAUAUAGUGUUUUACUUGGUUUGUGGUUACAAUAUCAAUGAAUCUGAGUGAAAGUUAAUAGGUAUCGUACACACAAUGUAAAGUAGUAAAGUAGAAUGAUGAAGUAUGUGCAUGAUAUUAACAGAAGAGAAAGUAUAUAUGUAAGCAAUUAGUGUGAUAAUUGAAUCCUGUGUAGAGUAUGUGUACCCCAUAAGAUAUAAUGUUAAUUUAGGCCUUCUAAAGACUUAUUAGUGAUAGAGAAACUAAGGUUGUAUUUUUUAGGUUAAUUGCUUCAGUAAUGGCUAUGUACACUUGUUAAUACAGAAUUAAAUAUAUACACCAUACAAAGGUUUCACUUGAUUAGUGAAUAUCUUACCUCAAUAUGGAAUUAUAACUUCAUUAUUAAAACACAAGAUAAAUAGUACUUUGUACCAGUUAAAAUUCUUGCUUCAAUGAAACACCCAAGUUACCUUUUUUAUAUUACAAUUUAAGCAUUUUUAGUUGUUCAGUAAUCUGUAAUAAAACAAAGAUCUGUUAUUGGCUUAGGAGUGUAACUUUUGAUUUGAUAUAGUUGCAAUGUAAGGCUCUGUAAGUCAUGUAAAAAAUGCUUACAAUAUUAAAGGUAGAUGAAUCAGCAGAAACUUCACUAGUAAUUGGUUUGUAACAUGAAGCAUAAGUUUGAGUAAUUAAAUCUAACUUUUCAGCCUUGGUAUGUUUAUAAUCUGCUUCCACCUUUUCUUUUUUGUUGUUGUUUUGACCAAUCAGCUUUAACGAGUCUAACACGCAUACACUUGCAUGGCAACCAACAUUUGAUGGUAUAUCAUAAUGGAAUUUUUAUGGUUUAUUUAUAAUAUGUGCCGUGAGACACAUGAUUGAAUUGUCUAUCAUGAGAGCACUUGCUGAUAUUUCUGCUGGAGUACACACAAGAAACUGUAUUAGCCAGUGCUUAUGUCUUUAUCUUCACUCUAUUUUUGGAUUAGUAAUAGCAUUUAUAGGCCAACAACCACACUAAUAAAUGCUGUUGCUUAGGUGUAAGUAGUGUUUCUCCUUCAGCUCUUUGGUUUACUAUUCUAAGUAGUUUAAUUUCUCUUGCCUUAGGCUAUAUCAGUCAGCCAUAUCUCAAACUAUGAUUUCUAUAUAUAUAUAUAUAUAUAUAUUCUGAACUAGUUCUGUUGCUGUUUUACUUGAGUAGUAAUAAGGAUGAUUUUUUUUAAUUUAUCAGUGCUAUACAUAGAUUUUACAUGAAAAUUAAAAUAAACAUUUUUAGGUAGCUCUCCCAUUAAAGUUUAGAUCCUCAUUUCAGCUGAGGCUUCAGCCUGGCUAGCCUAUUCAUUUUGAAGUUUUCAAGAUUGCUAAAUCUGGGAAAAUAAAAAACAUAACUUAGAACUGAGUGGUGAAAACAUUUA